AUGAAUAAUACGAAGUUGCAAUUAGUUGAUCUUGAUACAAGGGAGGAUCGAAAAAUUGUGUUAGAAAAUAGACAACGAUUGUUGUCAAGUAUACGAGAAGAUAAACAAAAAGCCUAUAAUGCUCGUGCUAAAAAUUAUUAUAUGCUUUACUUUGAUGACAAUCCAUUAGAAGACGAUGACAAAAGUUCAUUAAGACAAAAUGAAAUUUCUCAACCACAAUUAUCGACAGGUAGUCUUAAAACUGUUCCACAAACAACCAACAAAAAAAUUCAACAAGAAAUAAAACUGGAUUCGAUAAACCAUAAUACCAAAAUAGAUCGAAAAGCUGAGUUAGAGAGAAAACAAAUUUUGUUAGCUGCUUCACGAGAAGAAAGAAAACUUCGUAUACGAGAAAAAGAAAGAAAACAUUUAGAAGAAACUUCAUUAUAUUUUGGAGUAUCUGACGAGAGAGAGAAAAAGAAAGGUUCAACGUCCAUUUUGUCGCAAAUUGACUCUAAACUUUCAUCUAGUAGUUGUACUGAAAGCUUAGAUGUGCCUAUCGGAAAUGAACAAAGUAUUUCUCGUAAAUUUUUACCCAACUUAAGUGUAAGUAUUGUACAAAAAGUAAGUAUAUCUGCAAAGGAAGUUGUUGAAUCUACAAAACAAACGCAAACUAUCGAUCUUGAACGCAGACGUCCAGCUGUUAUGAAAGCACGUGAUAUACGUGCAAAAAAAUAUUAUACGCUUUAUUUUGAUGGUCCCCCAUCAGAAGAUGAUGAAGAAAGUUCAGCAAAAUAUUUGAACAAUUUCCGUUCAAAAUCUUCCCUGAAUGCCUCUCGCAAAUUUGAAAAGUCAAUUCAAGUAACUGCAGCGUUGCAAAAAAAGGAAAAAGAUGAAGAACUAAAGGAGCCAAUAAAAGUAUUGUGUAACGAACAAAAACAAAGUAUUAUGCUGUCAGAAGAAUUUCGACAGUUUAUUAUUCAUACUGGUCGUAUUAUAGAACGCGCUCUGUGUGAAAUUUCCGAUAUUCAUACAGAUUAUAUUGGUGAAGCUUAUAAUAAAACUGCUAAUAAUGAAAGAAUCAAUACAUCUCUUCAAUUGAAUCGAACAUUUUAUUGUGAAAAUAUGACACAGAAUCGAUGUAUAACAUCAAUGGAUUGGUCAAAAUAUUUUCCAGAAUUAGUUGUAGCCUCAUAUCAUAAUGAAUAUGAAAAUACAAAAGAUUUAAAUGGUGUCGUUAUCGUUUGGAACACAAAAUAUAAGAAGUCUACUCCUGAAGAUAUAUUUCAUUGUCAGAGUGCUGUUAUGACUACAUGUUUUGCUAAGUUUAAUCCAAAUUUAAUAAUAGGUGGAACAUAUUCUGGACAAAUUGUUUUAUGGGAUAAUCGCGUUCAGAAACGUACUCCUGUACAAAGUUCAAUAAUAAGUGCUGCAGCACAUACGCAUCCAAUAUAUUGUUUGCAAAUGGUUGGAACACAAAAUCUUAAUGAUGUGAUAUCGAUUUCUUCAGAUGGGAAAUUGUGUUCAUGGAAUUUAGAUAUGUUAUCAAAACCACAAUUUUCAACGUGCUUAGAUCCUAUUUCAGCUACCUGCAUGACUUUUCCUACCAAUGAGAUUUAUAAUUUUGUAAUAGGUGCAGAAGAUGGUUAUGCGUAUUCAGCAUCUCGUAAGGGAAGUAGGGUUUACAUUGAAAAUGUAUACGAGAAACAUCUGGGGCCAAUUACUGGAAUUUCGGCACGCCAUAACGAAUACUCGUCAGAUUUUAAUAAUUUAUUUCUUACAUCAUCUAUGGAUUGGACUAUAAAAUUAUGGAGUAUGAAUGAAAACAGGCCACUAUAUUCAUUUGAAUAUACUUCAAAUUAUAUUAUGGAUAUUAAAUGGUCUCCAAUUCAUCCAGCGAUUUUUGCUUGUGUUGAUGAAAGCGGCCAUUUAGAUUUGUGGAAUAUAAAUCAAAAUGUUGACGUUCCAAUAGCAUCAACAAUUGUUAAUAAAUCAGUAGCAUUAAAUUGUGUGUCAUGGUCAUCUUCUGGUCUUCAUGUAACAGCUGGUGAUGACAGUGGUAAAUUGUAUGUUUACGAUGUUAAUGAAAAUUUAGGACACCCUAAAGCUAAUGAAUUGAAUAAAUUAAAUGAGACUUUAUAUGAAUUAAAAUUAAAUAAAAAUGAU